GUGACCCCCUAGGCUGCAUUUCUCAUGGGGUUCUUCAACUUCACUUCAAUACUAAUUACUCCUUUGCCUCCAUAGUCAAUUUCAAUUACAUAUAUACACAUUGCCAUUGUUCCCAUUGCACUUCUUCAAAGGUCAACAAAACCACCCUUCUUCUCCCGUAGUUCCCUGUCUUCCCCAGUUUGAACCCCAAGUCUUCUCUCACGAAGAAAAAUUCCGAGAUCCCAAUCGAGUAAACACAAUCUUUUAAUGUUCAGUAGCUGAUCUGGGUUGCGGGUAUUGUUCAGCAAGAUUGAUCUCCAACUCUUCAUAUCAUCAUGCUCUGAAUUUUGACGGUUCACACUUUUUUCCCGGGACUAAUUCUGACAAAAACUCGCGUGUUCUUGGCCUAAUUUUGUAGGUAAACUAUCCGAAUUUGCACUCUCAGAAAUGGGUUUAGCCCGGAAUCCGAACCUGAGAAGCGGGGACUACUUGGAAGGAAUGCUCAAUGACAUUGUUGGUGGAAAAACCAAGUUAAAACCACCAAAGAGCCCCCCGGCCCGCCUGGUCACUAUGCUCACCUGCCUCCAAUUCGCCUUCGCGAUUUACGCGACGUUCUUGUUGUACUACCUGAGCCCCGCCAUAGAUUUAAGAACAAAGCCCGAUUUUUCAUGGGCGACGAAAUUCGCGCAGAACUGGAGAAACUUGAUCAUCCCCACGCACGUAGUGAGCCGGUACCAAGAUUCCUCCAACUCGCUCGUUCAAGAAACCCCGGCGGUUGCCCACUUCACCCCGCGUGAAGUCUGCGAAAACGAGAAGAUAGAUUUCCAGCAGAAGAAGUCCGAUGACGCCAUGAUGAUCAAGCUCAAGAGGGAGCUUUACGAUGAGGUGCUCCAGUUCCAGAGCAAGUCCUUCGGCACCGAGACGCUCUCUGAGCUUAUGAAGAUGAAAUCCAAGUGGGAUUUGAAAGCCCCCCAUCCGAACAUCCCGAAAGUCACGGUUAUCCUGAACCAUUUCAAGAGAAAAACCCUUUGCUCCCAGCUCGAAUCGCUCCUUCACCAGACCCUCCCUUUCCACCAUGUCUGGGUAAUAGCGUUCGGUAGCCCGAACGAGUUGUCCCUGAAGAGGAUAGUGGACAGCUACAACGACUCGAGAAUCAGUUUCAUUUCCUCAACCUACGAUUUCAAGUACUACGGGAGGUUCCAAAUGGCUCUACAAACGGAAGCCGAUCUCGUGUACGUCCUCGACGAUGAUAUGAUUCCCGGUAGGAAGAUGUUGCAGAUUCUAUCGCACGUGGCGGGGACAGAGAAGUACAAGAACUCUGUUUUGGGCAGCAUUGGGAGGAUUCUGCCGUUUAGACAGAAGGAUUUUACGUUUCCGAGUUAUCGAAAGGUUCGGUCGAAAGAGGCGGGGCUCUAUCUGCCGGAUCCGGCUUACGAUAUCACGGUCGGUAGAAUCGUGGAGGUGGAUUUUCUUUCUAGCUCUUGGUUCUUGUCCGCGGAGCUAGUGAGGACUCUGUUUAUUGAACAGCCAUUAACUUUCAUGACCGGUGAAGAUCUGCACCUAAGCUACCAGCUUCAGAAAUACAGAAACGCCGGCUCGUACGUCCUACCAGUCGACCCAAGGGACAAGGAAACAUGGGGCGACAGCGAGCACCGCCUCGCCUACGUCUCCGAGACCACCGUCAUCUUCAAGGACAUAGUCCAGGUCCGCGACGACCAGUGGUGGAAGGCCUUCUCCACGGGCUACGUAACCCAGUGGGCCAAGCUCUACCCUCAGAAGGUCGACGCCGUCUUCUACGCCCACUCCCUCUCCGAGGUCAAGGCCCUUGCCCCUCUCCUCGAGAAGUUCCGCUCCACCGUCGGCAAGAAGGCCUACAUCGCCGUCUCCGGCGGCGGCUUCUGCCCGUGCGAGGACGCCGCCGUGGCGCUCGGCUGGCCGAAGGGGGUGUGCAGGGAGAGGAGGUUUAAGAUAUUCGAUCUGGGUAUCGGGGCGGCUUCCGGUGGGGUGUCGGAUUCUGAGGUGCCGGUGAUCCAGGGGGUUUACUCGAGCUUGAAAGGGUUGAUGAGGAUUCAUAACCCGAGUGUGGUGGUGGCGGUGGAUGAUGUGGAUUUGAGUGUGAGGAAGGCGUUGAGGAUGGCGGCGGAGGGGGCUGGGAAUGGGACGACGCUGGUGCUUUUGCCGAGGAAUUCGGUGGGUAAGGCGCUUUGGAUGGCAGAUCUCCGGCCUACUGCUUUACCAAAUUGGAACAAGAUGCAGAUUUCCAUAAACAUCAUCACCCAAAACCGCGUUCAUUCCUUAACCCGCCUUCUCAAUUCCCUAACCAACGCCUACUACCUCGGAGACCAUGUCCCCAUAACUUUCAACAUGGACACCAAAGUAGACGCAUCAACCAUAAAAUUCGUCAACUCCUUCAACUGGACCCACGGCCCCAAAACCCUGCGGAGAAGAAUCAUCCAGGGCGGAUUGAUCCGAGCCGUCAGCGAGAGCUGGUACCCCUCCUCGGACAACGAUUUCGGCCUCUUACUCGAGGAUGACAUCGAGGUCUCCCCUUUUUACUACCUCUGGAUCAAGUACGCCCUCUUGGCGUACCAUUACGACCCGCAAGCGUCUCUCCCCGAGCUCUCCUCAAUCUCUCUCUACACCCCGCGCUUGGUGGAAGUGGUGAAGGAGAGGCCGAAAUGGAACGCGACCGAGUUCUUUAAGAGGAUUCACCCAAACACGCCGUAUCUCCACCAGUUGCCGUGUAGUUGGGGGGCGGUUUUUUUCCCGAAGCAGUGGAAGGAAUUCUACGUGUACAUGAACAUGAGGUUCACCGAGGAUGCCAAGAAAAACCCGGUUCAAAUCCCGAAGUCGAGAACGAAUGGGUGGCAGGCUUCUUGGAAGAAAUUCCUCAUUGACAUGAUGUAUUUAAGGGGGUACGUGAGCCUGUACCCGAAUUUCCCGAACCAGGCGAGUUUCUCGACUAACCAUAUGGAACCGGGGGCGCAUAUCUCGGCCAAGGACAACGUGGUGCAGCAUGACAAGAGUGAUUUCGAGGUGCCCUUGUUGAAGGAGGAUUUCAGGGAUUAUUUGCCAGGUGGGAAGUUGCCUCCUGCUUCGAAGCUGCCGUCGUUGAACCUUUUCAAUCAGGCUGUUUCUUUGAAGGGGCUUAAGGCCGCUGGAGCCAAGUUGAAACAGGAUGUGCUGCAGUGCGAAGUGACGGAGACUGUUAUGGUGGAUCACGGCACGGGUUUGCCUUCACAGUGCGCGAAAUUCUGAUGAUUUAUACUGUUGGUGUUAAUUAAGGAAUGAUUGUUAUUCUUUUGUUUCUUGAAAACAAAAUACUUGUAAUAGUAAGUAUUCAAUUUUUCUUGGUGGGGUUGGUCUUAAUGAUGUAUGUUUUGGGAUGGAUAUGGAGCAAACAGUGAAGACAAAGGUGAGUCACUGAUUCCUCCUUGUAUUGUUGGUAAGAAUUGGGUUACAUUACUGAUGAAAUGCAGCCAUAAGUGCCACUGUUAAA